AUGGCGAAGUUUCAAAGUGAUUUAAAUUCUGGAAUUCAUUGCCCCGUACACGGAUGGAAACGUUCUUCAUUUCAUAUAUGUAAUUCCUCUCCUCCUUCUUCUAAGAAAUGUAUAUCUACUACGAAAUAUUGUUUAAAUAUCUUUAAAGAAUCCUCAAUACCCGGAGUUAACAAUAUAGCUGCUGCUAAAGGGAAAUUUGAAAGGUUUAUUUGGAUAUUUAUCGUUAUUUGUUGCUUGACUGGAUUCAUAUACCAAGUAACACUCUUUCUUCGACAUUAUUAUAACUAUCCUACAAGAGUACAAGUACUUGUUAAGACGGAAGGUUUAAUGGAGUUCCCUUCUGUAACGCUCUGUAACAACAACAGAAUUAGGAAGAGCGAAUAUUGUAAGUAUAAUAAGAGUUCGUGCUCUUCUGAUCCUAUAGAACUUGACGAAAUGAAACUGAAAGAAAAAGAAAUUCCCAAGUUACAACUUCAGCUUCUAGUUGAAGAUAGGCCCGAUAUUCGGAAGAUUUUGGGUCAUAAUAUAUCGGAUAUGAUAGUCUCGUGUACAUUUACAGGCAUACCGCCCAUGAAAGGAAGAGAAUGUGUCAACCGUUUUGAAUAUUUUUAUGAUCCGGAUUUCGGGAAUUGUUAUAGUUUAGAAUCGGUAGAAGACGAUGGAGACGCCCUAAGAGCUUCUGAAUCUGAUGUUUGGCAAGAAUUAAGUGAAUUAGUUUUAGUUUUGAACGUUGAAGAAGAUGAAUAUUUGGAACCGUCGAGAGACGUAGCCAUUACAGUUGUUAUGCAUACUACAGAUGUUUAUCCUGAUCCUUUUUCGGAAGGACACGAAAUUCGUCCGGGAUUUUCUUAUAAAUUUGGCGUACAAAAGACAUCCAUUCAGUUACUUCCACCUCCUUAUAAAACUAAUUGUACAGAAUAUAGUAAAUUGGAAUGGGAAAAGAACAACGAUAGGAUGUCAAAUACAAGAAUGUGUACUGCAGAAUGUUCCCAGUCUAUCCAAUUGAAGAAGUGUAAUUACAUUACUGAUGAAUUAAGUCUAUUUUUUGACGACGUUCCCUGGAAAGAUGGAGAGAAAGACGAAGUUAAAAUAAAAUGCGCCGAAAAGAUAGCAAACGACACUAAAGAGUAUUGUCGUAAGUUAUGCAGAGUUCCAUGUUGGCAAAGUUCUUUCGAGGUAGAAUCAGAUGCGACCAUUUGGCCUAGGAAGAAAAAAUACUCACAACUAGAAGAAUUGGGCGAUUGGAGAAACAGAUCCUACGACGAUAUUAGUCACAAUCUUGCUAGAAUAAGGGUAUUUUACUCCAGUAUGGAUCAUACAAUGUAUAGGCACAUUCCUAUUAUAGAAUCUUUAGAACUCUUCAGCCAUCUCGGAGGAUUAAUUGGAAUUUGGUUAGGAACAUCAUUAAUUGCCGUUUGUGAAUUAUUCGAGAAGACAAUUUCCAUCUUCACUUAUUGCUUCAGGAGAAGAAGAAAUCAGAGAAAAGUUAAGAAAGUUGUCUGUUUUAAUCACAUGUCUUCUUUACCAAUUCGUAAGACAAAAUUAAGAAAUUAAUAAAUAAUUUUUAUAUAAAAAUUAUGCCCA